UCGAUGCGAGAGAGAGAGAGCGCAAACUCUUUCUAUCUAUUUUAUUUUCUAGCUCUAGAGAGCGAAGCAAACGGAUAAGUCUUUCCGUCUCUCGUGCCAGCCAGCCAGCCAGCCGGUGUCAGCAGUCACGCAUUCCCUUGUUGAAGCGGAGAUGUUAGCAAACCCUAGCUUCCAUGGAGGAGGACCUGCUUGUCCUACUGGGCUCGCUCGGUUCACGUACUCGGAUCGCUACACACUUUCUCUCUCCUCUUCCAUUGGCCCUUUCCGUAUUCUUCCCAAGACGACCCUGGUGUUACCUUCCUCCCCUUAUUCAUUUUCUUUAUCACUCAAUCUACCAAGAAAAGGAAUUAUUAGAAGAAGCUCCUCUGCUCGGUUCCAUCUUAAGUCUUCCGGCGAAUCCGAAAUUUUAGAGUCAGAGACCCAUAGCAAUACCGCCCAAUAUUGUCAGCCCCACUCUGUCAAAAUUCCGGUUGGCGACAGACAUAUAUUGGUUGAGACAGGUCACAUGGGGAGACAAGCUAGUGCAGCUGUUACAGUAACAGAUGGAGAAACUAUUGUCUAUACAUCUGUUUGUUUGGCCGAUGUUCCGAGUGAGCCUGCUGAUUUUUUCCCUCUUUCUGUACAUUAUCAAGAGCGUUUUUCAGCGGCAGGUCGAACAAGUGGGGGUUUUUUCAAACGGGAAGGAAGGACAAAAGAUCAUGAGGUUCUUAUUUGUAGAUUGAUUGAUAGGCCUCUGCGUCCAACCAUGCUUAAGGGAUUCUAUCAUGAAACUCAGAUACUAUCUUGGGUCUUGAGCUAUGAUGGUUUGCACUCUCCUGAUUCCAUGGCAGUCACUGCAGCAGGAAUCGCAAUAGCACUUUCUGAAGUGCCAAAUACAAAAGUUGUUGCGGGAGUUCGAAUUGGUCUUGUUAAUGAUAAGUUUAUUGUGAAUCCAACAACAAAAGAGAUGGAAGAGUCUGAGUUGGAUUUGUUGCUAGCUGGUACGGACAGUGCAAUUUUGAUGAUAGAGGGUUACUGCAAUUUCCUCCCUGAGGAGAAGUUACUGCAAGCAGUAGAAGUUGGGCAGGUUGCAGUGCAAGGAAUUUGCAAUGAGGUCGAGGCUUUAGCCAGAAGGUGUGGGAAACCAAAAAUGCUUGAUGCCAUCAAAUUACCACCCCCUGAACUAUAUAGGCAUGUUGAAGAAAUUGCUGGUACAGAAUUUGUCAAUGUGCUUCAAAUUAAGAACAAAAUACCUAGAAGAAAGGCUAUCUCAUCAUUGGAAGAGAAAGUUUUGACUAUACUCACAGAGACAGGUUAUGUUAGUAAGGAUGAGGCUUUCGGAGCUACUGAGGCAGUACCAGACUUGUUUGAGGAUGAAGAUGAAGAUGAAGAAGUGGUUGUAGAUGGUGAAGUUGAUGAAGGUGAUGUUCACAUAAAGCCAGUUUCACGAAAAUCUACUCCCUUGUUAUUCUCCGAGGUAGAUGUGAAGUUGGUAUUCAAAGAAGUUACAUCCAAAUUCCUACGCAAACGCAUUGUCGAGGGAGGGAAAAGAAGUGAUGGACGAGCUGCAUCUGAGAUACGAUUGAUUGACUCAAGAUGUGGAUUACUUCCUAGAGCACAUGGAAGCGCUCUUUUCACACGUGGGGAAACACAGUCGCUUGCUGUUGUUACUCUUGGUGAUAAACAAAUGGCGCAAAGAAUUGACAACCUUGAAGGUGCAGAUGAAUUUAAGCAAUUCUAUCUUCAGUACUCUUUUCCUCCAUCAUGUGUUGGGGAAGUUGGGCGAAUGGGAGCACCCAGUAGAAGAGAAAUUGGUCACGGGAUGCUUGCAGAGAGAGCCCUCGAACCUAUUUUACCUUCUGAAGAUGAUUUCCCUUAUACAAUACGUGUUGAGAGUACCAUCACUGAGAGCAAUGGCUCUUCAAGCAUGGCCUCUGUUUGUGGAGGAUGCUUAGCGUUGCAAGAUGCUGGUGUCCCUGUUAAGUGCCGUAUUGCUGGUAUUGCGAUGGGCAUGGUUUUGGAUACCGCGGAAUUUGGGGGAGAUGGAACACCUCUCAUUCUUUCUGACAUCACUGGAUCUGAAGAUGCAUCGGGAGACAUGGAUUUCAAGGUUGCUGGAAAUGAAGAUGGUGUAACGGCAUUUCAGAUGGACGUAAAGGUUGGAGGAAUUACUUUACCGGUCAUGAGGCAUGCACUCCAACAAGCAAGAGAUGGCCGGAAGCAUAUUCUUGAUGAGAUGUCAAAAUGCUCACCACCUCCUUCAGAAAAGCUUUCAAAAUAUGCUCCAUUGAUUCAUGUUAUGAAGGUGAAGCCAGAGAAAAUCAACCUUAUUAUUGGUUCUGGUGGGAAGAAGGUGAAGAGUAUUAUUGAAGAAACUGGUGUAGAAGCUAUUGACACAAGAGAUGAUGGAAUGGUGAAAAUUACUGCCAAGGAUCUGUCCAGUCUAGAGAAAUCGAAAGCCAUUAUCAGCAAUCUGACAAUGGUUCCCACUGUUGGUGAUAUCUACAGAAACUGUGAGAUCAAAUCAGUGGCCCCUUAUGGAGCUUUUGUUGAGAUAGCACCUGGGCUUGAGGGACUUUGUCAUAUCAGUGAGUUGAGUGCAAAUUUCCUGGCAAAAACUGAAGAUGCUUUCAAUGUCGGAGACCGUGUCGAUGUGAAGCUUAUUGAGAUGAAUGAAAAGGGACAACUUCGCCUAAGCCACCGUGCUCUACUUGCAGACAUGCAUCCAGAGAAACCCAAUUUGAAGCAACGAGCGAGUGGGCUUACCAAGGAAAGCAUAGCUUCCGAAAAAGCUCCUGAUAAGGUUACACCUAAGAAAGUUGUGAACGUGCAGAAGGAUGGUUUAGCAGAAGGGAAAACAGAACAGUCCACUCGUAAAAGUAGCAGUGUCAAACAAACAAGCCCCCUUAAAGGUCAUCUGGGUGAGGGCAAUCUACUGAAGGAACCUAAAGAGAAGAUUGUUAAGAGAUUUGUCAAAUCUACGAAGGAUGGUGCCUCUACCGUCAAAGAGAAGCCAACAACGAGCAGCAGUGAAGCUGUUAGCAGUUUUGGUGAAACCAAAAGUAUCUUGGUUGAUGGAGAUGCCAAAGUCAGAUAGUGGGCAACAAAAAGAGAUCAGUUUUCAACUUCUUAAUUGAGAUAGACAGCCUUCCACCUAAAAAAGGAAAAAAGGAAGUUGUUCAAUUCAUAGAGAGCUUGGAACGCAUUGGAGAGUUAAAAUUGUUGCAAUGAGCGAAAGAAGCCAAUGAAGCAUGGGCCCUCAUAGGGUUACUUUUUGUGGAGGGGAUUCGCACCUGCUGGCAGCUGGAAUCGUUUAGUCUGGGAAGCUCGAUCUUUGAUUGGUAAUAUCGCUUAAAAAAAUUGCCCUGGUGGAGGCCAUUCUUAACUGCUGCAACUACAACAAUUUCUGGUGUUUUGUAACGAGAUAAAGAUAUUUUAUUUGAUUGUAUUCUUUGGGUAAAUUAUUUGUUUGAGAUUAUAAGUUUAUAGAUUGCUUAUUGCCCAAUUUAUAAGGAUAUGGAUCGUAUUUUCCUCUUUA